UUAGUCUUUCGUCUUUAGUCUACACUGAAAGCCCCUGAGCAACGGACGUGAGAUCACACACACGAGAGGCUCGACAGCGAAAACGUGUAUUUUGUGGGCCGUGUUGAGCGUCGGUAAAACUGAACGUAAAACUAACGUUAUAAACUCGACGAAGAAUAGCCAAUUCGAAUAAGAAUAAGUGAAGUUGGUAAAAGAAAAUUACUUAUGAUCACUAAGAUUUCAAAGGGAUUUUCUAAAUUAAAACAACUCAAAAUAAGAACAGUUUUAAAAAACAAAAUAAAAUUUAAAAGCCUGCCAAAAUUAAAUCAUAAAUUUGAAAAUCAACUUAAAUAUAGAAACCGGCUACUGAUGAAGGAAUUGGCUCUCUACUGAAACAGUUGCUACAAAAUCUUUAAAAGAAAAUUCUAAAAAGAAAACUCUACAAAGAAAACUCCACAACUAAAUCCUCAAAAUUAAGUAAAGGCAAUGAGGAGUCUCUGAAAGAUAACUCUCCAACCAUGGUGAAGAUCGUCGAAGGUCUGCCGUCCAGCGAGAUCAGUGCCCACCACAUUCAGCAGCAGCAUCACCUGCAGCACCAUCCCUCCCAUCAUCCCCUGCCGCCUGCCACCCAUCCCCAUCAUCCGCAUCCGCUGCAGCAGCCGCCUUCCGUUGGCCUGAAUCUCACCAACCUAAUGAAGAUGGCCAGGACGCCGCACUUGAAGUCCAGUUUCUCCAUCAAUGCCAUACUCCCAGAGACCGUGGAGCAUCACGAUGAGGAUGAGGAGGAAGGCGAUGUCGAUGGGGAGGAGGAGAAGAAAACCAAUCUUAAUAACAACAACAAUAAUCCCAGCACGCCCUGGGGCAGCGAGGAUCCGGAGGCGGAAAGUGAUCCCGAGUCGGAUCUGGAUGUCACCAGCAUGUCGCCGGCCCCCGUCAAUGCCGCCAAUCCCAACGAGAGCGAUGCCGAGGAAGUGGACGAGGAGGAUGUGGAAGAGGACAUCGAGUGUGACACCGAUGGCGAUGCUGAGAGCAAGUCCGGCGAUGGCAAACCCGUCAAGGACAAGAAGGGCAACGAGAAGCCUCCGUAUAGUUACAACGCCCUGAUUAUGAUGGCCAUCCGGCAGAGCCAGGAGAAGCGUCUGACCCUCAACGGGAUCUACGAGUACAUCAUGACGAAUCAUCCGUACUACAGGGACAACAAGCAGGGCUGGCAGAACUCCAUCAGGCACAAUCUGAGUCUCAAUAAGUGCUUUGUGAAGGUGCCGCGGCACUACGAUGAUCCCGGGAAGGGCAACUACUGGAUGCUGGAUCCUUCAGCGGAGGAUGUCUUUAUUGGUGGCUCCACCGGCAAGUUGCGAAGAAGAACUACGGCAGCUUCGAGGUCCAGAUUGGCGGCCUUCAAGAGGUCCCUGAUAGGACCCAUGUUCCCGGGACUGGCUGCCUAUCCUCAAUUCGGACAGUUUCUGGCUUAUCCCCCAACGGCGCCCAGUUUGCUGGCCAGCAUGUAUCAGCGCUAUAAUCCCUUUGCCCCCAAGAGCGGUCCUGGACACCAUCCGGGCUUGCCGCCUCCACCGCCAGCACCUCAUCCUCAGGGGGCAGGCGGCCCACCGCCGGGACCACCACCUCCACCCUUUGUGGCGCCUCCUUCGAGCAGCGAACUCUACCAGCGAUUGCAGUACCAACAGCUGUUGCAUCAACAUGCGGCAGCCGCCGCUCUGGCGGCUCACCAGCGGCAGCUCUCGGUGGCAGCGGCGGCGGCGGCCACAGUCUCACCUCAGUCCCCGCUCCACCCAAGUCACCCGAGUCACCCGAGUCACCUGAGUCACCUGGGGCAGCAGCCACAAACCUCUCCAAGUCACCACCAAGGCGGCGGCGGAGGAGACUCCCCGGGACCCUCGCCACAGCCACUCAUCAAGCCCGUCACUGUGGUCUCGCGGAACAGCUGAAGGAGCAGCCACUGUAGUCCCUAAGUAUUCACUGUACAUAGAUAUAGCCGCGACUGAGGCGCUAGACGCUUGUAAAUAAAAGAAAAAUAAGUGAAAAGAAUUUAGCUGGAUAAAAUUGAAAGAAAAUUCUUGUGGAAAACCUUUGCAGAGUUUAGGAAAAGUUGAAAGAAUAUUAUAAAAACUGAAAAUAUAAGUUAUUUAAAUAAAAAUAUGAUGAAAAUAAUAUUG